AUGACCAUAUCGGUUUGCACAGAGUGCUUGUUUGAAGUUUUGGUAAUUGGAGAGAGGGGUGUUGGAAAAACGAGCUUUAUCACGCGGUACGUUAACAUGCGGUUCAAGGAGGAGUACACGGCAUCGAUUGGAGUGGACUUCGCGUUGAAAACAAUCGAAUGGGACAAUAAAACAGUGGGACACACUAUGUCCAGAGUAUACUACAAGGAGGACACGGGGGCGUUUGUGGUCUUUGACACGACUAAGAUGGAGACAUUAGAGGCUGCCUCACAGUGGAAGCAUGACCUAGAUAGCAAAGUGAGACUGGCCUGUGGAAGCCCUGUCCCUGCUGUCCUGUUAGCCAACAAGUGUGACCAGACAGAGGGAAACAAGGAGCUGUCUUCCCUCAUGGACAACUACUGUAAAGAGAAAGGCUUCCUGGGUUGGUUUGAGACGUCAGCAAAGGACAAUCCCAAUGUUGACGAGGCAGGAGCCUUCCUAAUGGAGAACAUGCUGCGGAUUGACAGAGGGCUGUCCAGCAGAGACAACGAAAAGGACAGGAUCAACACGAGCCAGUCCAAGGCAACAUUUAAAUGCUGCUAG